UACAGCGUUCAUGUUUGACAACAAAUUCUACGUGGAUUUUGGGAAGAUCUUUUGCCAGCUUAAAUCGUCCAACGAUGACUAAAUUACAAUAUCUGAAUGUGUAUUUGACUGAGCGUCUCAUGCAAGCUGCUGAGGAAAUACUAAGAGUUGUCGCAGACACGAUCUCCGAGUACCAGGAAGAAAUAUCCCGGACAAAGCGAGAGAACCAAUACCUUAAACGACACUUGAUCACACCGGUCCUACCGCCGGCCCCUCAGCCCAUUCUCUCUUGGGUCUCAGAGCCGCGAACUCCCCCUGAACAACAGCACUGUGAGCAGGAGUGGAGGCUCAGUCUUGGCCAGGAGGACCUUGAGACCACACCGAUUAAAGAGGAACAGGGUGAACUCGGGACCAGUCAGGAGGAAGAGCAGCUUCAAGUACCGGAGUCUGAUACCAAAGAAGACUCCAUAUCUACUCUUCCCUGUGUGAAAAAUGAUGAGGACCGACCUCAGCCUUCACAUCUUUCCAGAACCGAAACUGUGGAGAACAGAGUCAGGGAGUCUCUACUGACCAACACAACUGGACAGAUCAAAACAGAACCUGAUGGCUAUGGAGUAUCACUAUCAGAACCAACCAGUGACUCCCCUCAGUCUCAGCCCGUCUCUGAAGUAAGUCCAGACUCUUCUAGAACACAAAGUCAGAACACUGAGAACACAGAAAGUGUUCCUAUUGUUCUGAGAGAUCUAGAAAGGAGACCAGAGGAGGAUACAGACACACACUCAUGUACUCAGUGUGGAGCUGUGUUCUGUGAGCUAUCCCAACUGGAGGCACACAUGCCAUCCCACACAGUACCACACAGUGGUGACACUAGUCACAGGCAAAUCAUGUGCACAGUCUGUUGGAAGUCAUUCACCUCUACCAGUUACCUCAAGGUCCACCAGCGUUCUCACACUAAGGAGAAGCCCUUUCACUGUGGUGUGUGUGGUAAGAGCUUCAGCUACUCAGGGAAGUUUAGGGAACACCAGCGGAUUCACACAGGAGAGAGACCUUACCGCUGCUACGUGUGUGGUAAACGCUUCAACCAGUCAGCCCACCUGAAGGCUCACCUGAGGGUACACACAGGGGAGAAACCCUACUCCUGUCCUGUCUGUGGGAAAGGAUUCAGUCAGUCCAGCCAGAUCAAGAGACACCUCAGAACUCACAUCCAAGGGAGGUAGAAUAAUGAUAACUUGGAGCCCAUUAAAGAGCCCAUUAGUGGAUAAACAGUAACCUCGGAAGCCGCCUGAUCUCACAAGCUUACAUGAAUGGUUCGCUACCACAGAAUCAGUCUGGUAAUUACGAGGCUUGAUAGACAGAGCCUUCUGUUCUCAAAGUGCCCAGCAUUUGGGAAGAGAAAGAAAGAAAGAAAUGUCUUAUUUUCAGUGCUACUAAUUCUACAGUAACAGUGCCUCAAAGUGUUCAUACCCCUUGACUAAUUCUACAUUUUGUUGUUAUGUAACAGUAUACUUUUAAACCGUCCCCUCGCGCGAACCAGGGACCUUCUGCACACAUCAACAACAGUCACCCUCGAAGCAUCGCUCCACAAAAGCCGCGGCCCUUGCAGAGCAAGGGGAACUACUACUUCAAGGUCUCAGAGCAAGUGACGUAACCGAUUGAAACGCUAUUUAGCGCACACUGCUAACUAAGCUAGCCGUUUCACAUCCGUUACACUCACCCCCCUUUUGACCUUCCUCCUUUUUCCGCAGCAACCAGUAAUCCGGGUCAACAGCAUCAAUGUAACAGUACAACUUUACGUCCGUCCCCUCGCGCGAACCAGGGACCUUCUGCACACAACGACAACAGUCACCCUCGAAGCAUCGUUACCCAUCGCUCCACAAAAGCCGCGGCCCUUGCAGAGCAAGGGGAACUACUACUUCAAGGUCUCAGAGCAAGUGACGUAACCGAUUGAAACACUAUUUAGCGCACACCGCUAACUAAGCUAGCCGUUUCACAUCCUUUACACUUACAGCCUGAAUUCAAAAUGGAUUUAAAAAAUAUUCAUAAUCUCACCCAUGUACACACAAUACCCCAUAAUGACAAAGUGAAAAUAUAUUUUUGAAAUGUAUUGAAAAUGAAAUACAGAAAUAUCUCUUUUACACAAGUGUUCACACCCCUGAGUCAAUACUUUACAGAAGCACCUUUGGUGGUGAUUACAGCUGUGAGUUUUUCUGGGUAAAUCUCUCAGAGUUUGCACACCUGGAUUGUACAGUAUUUGUCCAUUUUAUCAUUAAAAAAAUUAGUCAAGCUCUGUCAAAUUGAUUGUUUAUCACAGCCAUUUCCAAGUCUUGCCAUAGAUUUUCAAGCCUUUUCAAGUCAGAACUGUAACUAGGCCACUCAGGAACAUUCAAUUUGGUAUUUGUAAGCAACUCUUGUGUUAUAGGUUAUUGUCCUGCUGAAAGGUGAAUUUGUCUCCCAGUGUCUGUUGAAAAGGAUUUGGCCUGUGCUUAUAGCUGUUUUCUGUUUCUUUUUAUCCCCAAAAUUUCCUUUGCUGAUGACAAGCAUACCCAUAACAUGAUGCAGCCAGAAAAUAUGAAGCGUGGUACUCCGCAAUGUGUUAUGUUGGAUUUACCCCAAACAUAAUGCUUUGUUUUCAGGACAAAAAUUCAAUUUCUUUGCCAAAUGUUUUGGAGUAUUACUUAAGUGCCUUGUUGCAAACAGGAAUAUUUUUAUUCUGUACAGGUUUCCUUCUUUUCAUUCUGUCAUUUAGGUUAGUAUUAUGGAGUUACUUGUUGAUCCAUCCUCUGUUUUCUCCUAUUACAGCCAUUAAACUAACUGUUUCAAAGUCACCAUUGGCUUCAUGGUGAAAUCUCUGAGCAGUUUCCUUCCUCUCCGGCAACUGAGUUAGGAAGGACACCUGUAUCUUUGUAAUGACUGGGUGUAUUGAUACACCACCAAAGUGUAAUUAAUAACUUUGCUAUGUUCAAAGGGAUAUUCAAUGUCUGCUUUUUUACCCAUCUACCAAUCGGUGACCUUCUUUGUGAGGCAUUGAAAAACCUCCCUUUGUCCUUGAAAUUCACUAUUCGAUUGAGGGACUUUACAGAUAAUUGUAUCUGUGGGGUACAGAGACAGGGUAGUCAUUCCAAAAUCAUGUUAACAGCUAUUAUUGAACACGGAAUGAGUCCAUGCAACUUAUUAUGCGAUUUGUUAAGCACAUUUUUACUCCUGAACCUUUUUAGGCCAUAAACUCAAAACAUUUCAGCAUCUAACUUUUUACUAAUAAAAAAAAAAUGACACAAGCAAAAUUACACUUUGACAUUAUGGGGUAUUGUGUGUAGUUCAGUGAUACAAUCUCAAUUGAAUCCAUUUUAAAUUCAGGCUUUAACACAACAAAUGUGUAAGAAGUAAAGGGUUUGUGAACACAUUCCGAAGGUACUUUAAUUGUAAGACUAGAUUGUUAUAGAAUGUGUGAUGUGUUUCGCACCCAUUACCGAGGCACCGUAAAUCUGCAUUGAUUUGAAUUUAUUUAAGAGAGCUGAUAAAUAACAUGCUAUGUGUUAGGUGACACUAACUAUGUUUGAGAGAAAUAUGAUGUUAAAUUUGGUGUUAUCCUCUUUGAUGUCCUCUUGAUGAUUCCAGUUGGAGCUGUUUGGUCUCCCUGCAAAUAAACUAACUCUGUCAUAUUGAUUAA